AUGACGGGCCCUUUCCAUACAUACGGCUCGACGUGCCUGCUGGCAGAUGAGGAGCCGAAGCUGUCGAGCUUGUACUCGCUGUCUACACCACCAGAGGUCCGGUCUCAAUUCUUCUACAUCUCAUCCCUGCCGAUUGAUGAUCCGUUGGCCCCUCUGCCUCCACCGAGUGGGCAGGGAUCUGGAAAUGAAAGAGCUCCACCCAAACCAUUCUCGGCUAGGGAUAACCUCGCGCUGGAAACAUCCUGGCAGAAGCUGGGGAGAUCUCGACAGGCCAAGUCUGCGGCAAAGGCUGCAUCGCGACCGGACACGUCAAGGGCGCAUCUUGGCAUAGCUGUCCCGGGCCAGAGGUCGGAGGUGGAGGCUGGGCGCCACUUCAAGACAGCAAGCAGAGAAGAUGCAGGACUGGAAAGCAGCAGAAGCACCUUCAGCAAUCCUCCUUCGUUUCCCGAUGAGAUCCCUGGACGCAAUCUCAAGAGUCGGUCUGGCUUAGCUACGGGUUCUGAUGCCCGAAGACAGGGAGCAUCAUCGGUGGACGAUACGUUUGUUGAUAGACCCAGAAGCAACCCCGGUCCCCGGAAACGAGAGCGCUCUUCUUCAUUGAUAGAGACCAGUGCUGCCAAGAGGAGAAGCGACUCAUCUCUCGGCGACGACGAUGCGGAAUAUGGGCAAGAUGGUGUUGGCAGCCUCCGGGCAAAUCGAUCUCGCGAUGCCAGCAUCAGUGGGUCGCCUUUUAUUAGGGCUCCUGUAUCUCAAUCACACAGUCAAUUUGGGAGCUCAGUUGAGUCCUUGCCGUCGAAGGACGGGCCUCAGGACUGGCAAAGUGAAGUGCGGAGCAGUGCACCAAACCGCCAGGUCCCUAAGCCCUCUGGACUCAGAGCAACUGUCAGCUUGAACGAGUUGACUCAAGAUACUUCUGAGGACGAUCAAAAAAAGAGCAAAAAAGAGUCGAAAAAGCGGGAGGUCAAGGUCAAGGCAAAGAUCCCAGUCGGUGCCUCUCGGCUUCACCUGGUUGAAUUACCGAACUUGAAGAUGAAACCCAUCUACUGGAGUCCUCUCCACGAUGUAUCGGUCGUUGUACGAGCUACGUGGUUCUACAAGAAUACCAUGCUCCCCGUGGAGACUCCACUGGCGAACAAGCUAGAAGAGGGCUACACCUACCUAAAGCCCUGGACUGAGACGUGGCAGGACGAGCUAAAUAGCUGCGUGGAGAACGGAGCGGAUGCAGAGAUCAAAAUCGUUCAUCGCCUCUGGGAUAAAGAUGAAACAGGUUCUGCCAACCUACCAGAAACCGCGCAGACCCAGGAAAUGGGCCCUGACACCACCCCGGACGAGGAAGCCCCAGAAGUUCCUUCAUUCGACCAUAAUCGGGCAGCUGGAGGUAUAGCAGCAUAUGUUGAUGCUAUCAAGCCUUAUCUUUCUUCCAGUGCCAUCUAUGUGGAUGCCAGGAAUGCUCAGAUACUUCGACCGAGCUUGCUCCCAUCCGUCUCUCGAGGAAGGCGACCGCUGAACGCCAUUCGCAAAGGUCGGCAGAUCGGUAUACCUGUGGUACGUGGCUUCAGCCGGAGACUGUAUGACAAACUCCACCCCUCGAAGCCCAACUCUGUAGAUGUACGCCAGUACAUUCGCAGAAACCAAACCCAGGGGCCUGCUCCUGCCCCGGGUGAGCAGGUAUGCUAUGCCUGCAAGAUGGAGGAGCUACGACAAAAUCCUACUGAUCUUGUCCUCGUGAUUCACGGCAUUGGGCAAAAAUUGUCCGAGCGGAUGGAGAGCUUUCAUUUUACUCAUGCGAUGAAUUCUUUCCGCCGGCAGGUGAACGUGGAGUUGAACAAUGAGCCUGUGUGGCCUCAUGUGGACGAGGAUAAUGGGGGUAUCAUGGUCCUGCCCGUCAACUGGCGCACGACCUUGUCUUUGGAAGACCCGUCGCUGGAGGAGUCACCACAUGCAGAUGAUCCCGCGGCCAAUAACUUUUCACUCAACGAUAUUACGCCGCAGACACUUCCGGCUGUGCGCUCGCUCAUCAGUGAUGUCAUGCUCGAUAUUCCUUACUAUCUGUCCCAUCACAAGCCAAAAAUGACCAGGGCCGUUGUCAGAGAAGCAAACCGCAUCUAUCGGCUCUGGUGCAAGAAUAACCCUGGCUUCCAAGAGAGCGGCCGGGUGCAUCUUCUCGCCCAUUCCCUUGGCAGUGUCAUGGCUCUUGAUAUUCUCAGUCACCAGCCAACUCACGUUCCUCGUUUCGAUUUCCAUAAUACACCAUUGCACAGUGACAUCUUCGAAUUUGAUACCCGAAUUCUAUUCUUGUGCGGAAGCCCCGUUGGGUUCUUCCUUCUUUUGAACAAAGCAAGUCUCCUUCCCCGGAAGGGUCGAGGUAAACCGGGAAGCGAGGACGAAGAUCUCGUACGCGGUGUCGCCGGAGAAGCCGGCGGCUAUGGAUGCUUGGCAGUUGACAACAUGUACAACAUCAUGCACACGACAGAUCCCAUCGCAUACCGCGUCAACGCCGCUGUGGACACAGAGCUUUCCAACUCCCUCAAGACAGCCUCAAUCCCCAGCGCCAACUCGUCUUUCUGGUCAUCCUUCAGUGAUGUCUUCAAAUGGAACUCCACAUCAGCCUUCAUGUCCCCCACAGCCCCAAUCCGACCCGCGGCGGUAACAAAACUACCUUCCACCGUCGAAAUGGAAACCCACGACUUCACCCGUGAAGAAAUCGCCGAGAAACGCAUGCUCUUGCUCAACGACAACGGCCAAAUCGACUACUAUCUUUCCGGUGGGGGCGGCCCGCUCAACAUCCAGUACCUCAAUAUGCUCAGUGCACACAGCAGCUACUGGACCUUGACUGAUUUCGUGAGAUUUUUCGUGGUGGAGAUUGCUCGGAAACAGGGGCGAGAGGGGACCUUGCCUGCUUUCAGAGCGGAGAAGAAGAAGGGGUGGAAAUACUCACAUGGCUAA